CUGUGAAAAUUAUUGCACUCACAGACACCUUAACUUCAAAUGGAAAAUCCUUCGACCAUUAUACUUGUUGUGGCUCUACUUUGGGUUUCAAUAGUUGCAGCAACAAGAACUAAGCUGCAAUCCAUCGAAAAUGUCGAUGGCGGCAUUUGCAAAUCAAUGUUGGAGACACAGGGCUAUACUUGCCAAGAACAUAAAGUAACAACAGAAGACGGUCACAUCCUCGGCUUGCAGAGAAUUCCCAAGGGACGGUCUGGUGAAGAGACACCAAACAAGAAGCCUGUUCUGUUACAACAUGGGCUCUUAAUGGAUGCUUCAGCAUGGCUACUCAAUCCGCCGGAUCAAGCUUUGGCAUUUAUCUUGGCUGACAAUGGGUUUGAUGUAUGGCUUGCUAACACUCGCGGGACAAAGUCUAGUCGUGGACACACAUCACUUACUCCUAAUGAUCCGGCUUACUGGGACUGGUCAUGGGAUGAAUUAGCUGCUUAUGAUCUUCCGGCUUUAUUAAAGUAUGUGAACAAUCAAACAGGGCAGAAUUUACACUAUGUUGGGCAUUCCUUGGGAACUCUGACUGCCCUCGCUGCUUUCUCCCAAGAAAAACUGUUGAACUUGCUAAGAUCGGCUGCUUUGCUUACCCCAAUAGCUUACCUGGGUCAGAUGUCCUCGCUGUUUAUAAGGAUUCUUAUGGACUUAUUUUUAUCAGAAAAACUAAAAUUGUUGGGUUUGCAUGAAGUUCCAAACGGUGAGACACAAGCACUUGUGGAGUUUAUCUGCAAAACACCAGGCGUUGACUGCUCGGACUUAUUGGCAACUAUCACAGGCCCAAAUUGCUGCCUCAGUUCUGCAAGCAAGGCUGCUUUAUUUAAGAACUUCCCCCAGUCUACGGCGACAAAGAACAUGAUACAUCUGUCUCAGAUGGUCAGGAUGGGAACCCUAGAAAUGUACGAUUAUGGUAACGAAGACACGAACAUGGAACACUACAAGCAGCCUACUCCUCCUGUGUACAACAUGGCAAACAUUCCGAAAGACGUUCCUCUUUUCCUCAGCUACGGGGGGAGAGAUGCGCUUUCUGACGUUAAUGACGUGGGGCUUCUGCUUGACAACCUCAAAGAUCAUGACAAGGACAAGCUUGUGGUAGAGUACAUAGAGGAUUAUGCUCAUAUGGAUUUUAUUAUGAGUGUGAAUGCCAAUCAACUUGUGUAUGAUCCUCUACUGGCCUUCUUCAAGCUCCAUUAAUGUCAUGUUUGAUAAACCAAGUGUUGUGAAUGA